AUGUCAGUCGCAAAAGAAUUCGAAGCAGCCAACGUCCCGUAUGCCGCAUCCUUCACCAAGGGUGAUCUUCAGCUUUCCCCACAACGCGGUGAUAGCAUGCAUGGAUGCCCGUCUCGGUACCUCACCUCCCUCCCACCUCUCCCCAGCAACGCAAUUGCCGAACCCCCUAACAUAACAGCAGACCCAGCUCAAGCCCUGGGCCUGAAAGAAGGCGAUGCCCACGUCAUCCGCAACGCGGGUGGUAGAGCAUCAGAUGCACUGCGCAGUGUCAUCAUCUCGCAGCAGCUUCUUGGGACUCGGGAGAUCGUCCUUGUGCACCAUACGGAUUGUGGGAUGCUUACGUUCACGGACACGGCGAUUCGGGGCAAGAUUCGGGAGGAGUUGGGGUCGAAUGGGGAUCAUAUUGCGUUUUUGCCUUUUGAUGAUUUGAGACAGAGUGUGUUGGAUGAUGUGAAGGUUUUGAGGGAUAGUCCGUUGGUCUUGGAUGUCCCUAUUACGGGUUAUUUGUAUGAGGUUGAGACGGGGAGGAUUGUUCGGAUUGGAGAUGAUUCGUGA